GGCUUAUUAUUCGGUGGAAUGGUCGGGUGACAAAUUCGAACAUUGGGAUCGACUAUGAAAAUGGCGAAUCCACUAUGCUAAAAAUUGAGUCGAGAUUCUCGUGGCAAGAACUCCAUGACAUUUGUGCAGAAAGGACUUGUACGGGCGGGCAAAGGAGAGUUGGUCAAAUUGCUUACCGCUAUCCAAACAUGAGUGCUGACGGAAUCAUGUACGAAAAAGUUGUCAUAAAUGAUGAUUACUCUGUCAACAUGAUGAUACAGUUCCUAUCUGACAACGGGGUGCGGCUUGCAGAGGUGUAUGUCAAGACCGAGCCGGCCGGUGAAACUCAUUCUCACCAGUAUUCUUGUGAUGAUGGUUUUGCAGGAGGGUAUGGCUGGGGUGGUAGUUCAAGUAACUACGGAGGAGGUACUUCUGCAGGAGGGUAUGGCUGGGGUGGUACUUCAAGCAACUACGGAGGAGGUAGUUCUGAAGGAGGUGUUGGGUGGGACGAAUACCCGCAACAUGCUGAGACUGCCGUCGAUAUCGUUCAGCCCGACGGGGAUCAAUGGCCUGCUUGGGGUCCAGAGUGGUUUGACAUUGAGAACACCCUUCGAUCUGGGCGUACUUCGCAUGGCCAAGAAGACGAUGUUGGUUAUGCUGGUAACGAUGACCAUCCUAAGUCGAGCUAUCCAUUCACCUCCAGUGACGAUGAAAGUGAGGAAGAUUUGAGAUCAGUAAGUGAGGAGGAAGAUACGGACGAUAUCGAUGACAGAGAGGUGGCGUUCCGUCAGGCAGCAACGCCUUACUACACAGAGGUUCCUGAUCAAUUUUUAUAUGGUCAGAACGAUGCCCCUGACUUUCGGCCCAUGCCCGUGUAUAAUCCGACUGCUAAUUUGGAAGUGGGUAUGGCGUUCAUUUCGAAAGCUGAUGUGCAAGAUGCUUUUAGCGAAGAAGCCAUGCGGCGUAACUUCGAGUGGAAGGUAAAAUAUUAUGACACCAAACAACUGCAUGUCAUUUGUAAGAAUGCUGGAGAGGGUUGUAUGUGGCAACUUCGGGCUGCAUAUAUGAAGAGAAAGGGCGUCUGGGUCAUGCAAACAGUAGACAACAACCACAGAUGCUCCUCAACCAUACUUUCACAAGGUCACCGGCAACUUAAAGCAAAAAAAGUGGCUAGAGCCAUUAAGCACCUAAUCGAGGCACAACCAGAUAUCAAGAUAAAAGCUAUCAUGGCCGAGGUGAAGGAUCGACAUUCCUACACCAUAAGGUAUAAGAAGGCGUGGCAUGGGAAGCAGAAGGCCAUGGUUGAGGUCUACGGUGGUUGGGAUGACUCGUAUGCUUUACUCCCUAGCCUAAUGUCCGCAAUGUAGGAGUCCAACCCCGGGACAGUUUUCGUGCCGUGG